AUGAGUUUCAUUUCAAUUGGUGAAGCUAAAAAUGAAAGUGGAAUUCUUUUUGCCGGUGCUGGUGCUGGAUCUGGUGCUGGAACAUUUUUUAAUCAAUAUACAUAUGGCGGAUAUGGAGGGGGAGUUUCAGGUGGGGAUGGAUCACAUUGCACUAAAUAUUAUGGUAAUUUACGAUGUGGAACAGGUGCUACUCAAACAAGCUAUGGAACAAAUUAUGCAAAUUCUAAUAAUAAUGGUGGCAAAUUUUAUGGAGGAAAUUGUGAAGCUAGAGGCUAUCAUGAGGCUUCAGGAGGUGGUUCUGGCUAUUAUGGUGGUGCUGGUGGAGAUUACUAUUCAGCUGGAGGUGGUGGAAGUUCUUUCAUAAAUGAAUCUUUUAUCAAGAAUGGAAUAAUCAUCCCAGGCAACGAAUCAAUGCCUUCACCAUACUCAUUCACAGAAAGAUUGAUAGGCAACCGAGGUCAAGGAUACGUAAGAAUCACACCUAUUGUCAUUAAUAUUGAGAUAUUUUCACCAAAAAGGAGUUGUUAUUAUCCUGACACGAAUCUCACAUUAGAUCUAAUAUUGUUUACAUAUAAUUUUAAUGAAGUAUACAACAUUUCUAGAACUGUUAACUCAUCUGGUCUACAAGAUUAUGAGUUAAUUCAAACACAUCAAGAUGACAGUCAGAAUUAUAUUUUUAAUGACACAUUUAAAGUUCCAAGUGAAAGAGGUUAUUAUCAAAUUUCUUACUUCAUGUUUUCUGAAUCAGUCCCAUAUUAUAAAAUAGAAGACGUCAUUUUAGUCAAUAAAGUCCCAGAGAUACUUUUAAUCGGAGAACGAGUCACAGUCGAACUCGCAGGAAUAAGCCUCGGAAAUGUCACAUUUAAAUGCAAAUAUGAAGAUCACGAUUUAUACACAAGUUCAGAAAUGGUUUCGAGUGAUUCAUUUGUUACAGGUACGAUAAAAAUUGAUAUCAUCAAUUUCCCAAUUAGUUCACAAAUUCAUUUUGAUUUUUAUGCAAUCGAUGAAUUAGGGACAAAAUCAAAUAUUAUUCAAUAA